GCCUGUGAAAGUAUGGGAGCGGUUUUAAGGCACAGUCUAAAUAGUAUUCAAGGUGUCACAGGACUAAUGAACUAUGGUAAUUCUUGUUGUGCCAAUGCCUUGCUACAGUCACUCUGUGCUACAGGGGAACUGGCAGAUGUGCUGGAUAAGUGGAAACCGUCUGAAACGGAAGAUAGGAACAACAAUGUUCCAGUCCAACUGAAAAAGGUGCUGCUUGCUAUGCGGAGUAACUCAUCUGCCUCUCAUCGAGACUUCCUGAUGUGUCUGGACCACAAUUCCAUCCGCUGUUGUCAACAGCAUGAUGUUGAUGAAGUCUUCCUCUCCAUCCUGAACCUCAUUCAGCAACAGAUGACUGACAGGGAUCGGGCUGAGGCGAUCCGGGAUCUGUUCAAGGUCACAGUCAUGGGAUGCCUGACAUGUUCUGACUGCACCUACCAACAAACCGUGACAAGCUUUUUAUUAAGCAUUCCUCUGUCUCUAAGAGAGGAAACAAACUCCCUGCAAUCAUGCAUCCAGUCCUUUUUCAAACCCCAGGAAUUAGCUGGCAGUGACAGUUGUUACUGUGAGAGAUGUGGAAAGAAGACCCCAUCCUCUCAGGGGCUCAGACUCGUCUCUCUGCCGCCGAUUGUAUGUGUUCAUCUAAAGAGGUUCCGCAAUGACCAUGGGUACACAAGAAAACUGUACUGUGAAGUGAAUUUCCCUGAGGUCAUUAAUUUUGGGGACGUUUUAAAUCCUGAUCAGAAAACAGGUGGAUCAGAAAAUGUUGACCACCAGUACAUACUGUUUGCUGUGAUAGUGCAUAUGGGGACUGCCAGAUUUGGACAUUACACAGCAUAUGUACGACCCAGGGGGGAGGAGACCUGGUACUAUACAGAUGACAGCUGUACAAGACAGGUUCGCUGGGAGGAUGUACAGAAGUCAUAUGGAGGAAUACGUGAAACUGCAUACAUGCUGCUGUACAGAAGAGACCCCACCAACACAGAACAGGAGGUUUCUGGCUGAUAUUCAGGCAAUGGGAAGGACCAUCUAAACAUAAAAUCAGACAACAAAAUGUCAUGCACUACCUGUUAAAAAAACAUGAAUAGUACUGCAUCAUGAAAUUUGUACAACAAAGUGCUUUAUUUUUAAAAUUUUAUGGCG